AUGCUGUUCAGGGAGAGAAAAGGCCUGGGAACCCGGCAGCUGCUCCUCUCUUUUAUUCUCCACACAGUCUGGGAAGUGGGGAGCGGCCAGGUCCAUUACUCGGUGCCGGAAGAAGCGAAACACGGUACGUUCGUGGGGCGAAUAGCUCAGGAUCUAGGUCUAGAGGUCGGGGAGUUGGUGUCUCGGCUCUUUCAGGUGGUGUCCAAGGGCCGCAGGGACUACCUGGAGGUAAAUGCGCAGAACGGCAUUUUGUUUGUGAAUUCGCGGAUCGACCGUGAGGAGCUGUGCGGUCGCAGCCCUGUUUGUAGCAUCCACCUGGAGGUGAUCGUGGAGAAACCGCUGCAGGUUUUCCACGUGGAGGUGGAGAUCAAGGACAUUAAUGACAAUCCUCCUGUGUUCUCUGUAAAACAAAAGAAUCUCAGUAUUGCAGAAUCGAGGUUAGUUGAGUCUCAGUUCCCGCUAGAGGGCGCGUCAGAUGCAGAUAUCGGAGCGAACGCUCUCUUGACUUACAAGCUCAGUCCUAAUGAGUAUUUCACUCUGGAUAUAAAAAACAACGAGGAGGAAAUUAAACUUGUAUUAAAAAAACAACUAGACCGAGAAGAAACUCCCGAACUUCACUUGUUGCUUACAGUCACUGAUGGGGGCAAACCAGAGCUAACUGGAACAGUUCAGCUGCUGAUCACGGUGCUGGAUGUCAAUGAUAAUGCCCCCGAAUUCGAUAAAACAGUCUAUAAAGUGAAACUACUGGAAAAUACAUCUAAUGGAGCCCCAGUAAUUCAACUAAAUGCUACAGAUUCAGAUGAAGGAUUAAACAGUCAAAUUAUUUAUUCAUUCACAAGUGAUAUUUCUCCAGAUGUACAGGCCAAGUUCCACAUAGACCCAAUAAGUGGAGUUAUAAAAGUAAAGGGACAUGUUGAUUUUGAGGAAAUUAAAUUAUAUAAAAUUCAGAUAGAAGCUACUGACAAGGGGACUCCCCAGUUGGCUGGUCAUUGCAGGGUCAUGGUGGAAAUUCUGGACACCAAUGAUAAUACCCCUGAAGUGGUGGUAAAAUCGUUGUCACUGCCAGUAAGAGAAGACGCUCCUCCAGGCACAGUCGUUGCUCUCAUCAGUGUGUCCGACAGAGACUCAGGAGCCAAUGGACAGGUGACUUGCUCUUUGUUUCCCCAGGGACCGUUCUCGUUGGUAUCCACCUUCAAGAAUUACUACUCCGUCGUUUUGGAAGGUCCUAUAGACCGCGAAAGCGUUCCGGCUUAUGAGCUAGAGGUAACUGCUCGGGAUGGCGGGACGCCAGCCCUGUGGACCACUGCCAGCUUGUCGAUGGGCAUUGGCGACGUGAACGACAACGCACCUGCCUUUGAGCAGCCGAUGUACACAGUGUCUGUGAAGGAGAACAAUCCACCGGGCUGUCACAUCUUCACAGUAUCCGCCUCAGACCCUGAUGCGCAAGAGAACGCACUUGUGUCUUACUCCCUGGUAGAGCGGCGAGUAGGGGAGCGUCCGCUGUCUAGCUACGUGUCUGUGCACUCGGAGAGCGGGAAAGUGUACGCCUUGCAGCCCCUGGACCACGAGGAGCUGGAGCUGCUGCAGUUCCAGGUGAGCGCCCGGGACGCAGGCUUCCCUCCUCUGGGCAGUAAUGUGAGCCUGCAGGUGUUCGUGCUGGAUGAGAACGACAACGCACCAGUGGUGCUGCCUUCUCAUGCUGUUUCUGGAGCAGGUGGGGGCCCAGCGAACGAACUGAUAUCACAGUCCGUGGCUGUGGGUCAUGUGGUGGCGAAGAUCCGCGCUGUGGAUGCAGAUUCAGGCUACAAUGCAUGGUUGUCUUAUGAGCUGUUGCCCAAGAUGGGCGUUGGGCGCAGCCCUUUCCGCGUGGGUCUGUACACUGGCGAAAUCAGUACCACUCGAGAUCUGGAGGAGUCAGACUCAAGAAAGCAGACAUUGCUGGUUCUGGUGAAAGACCACGGUGAACCUAUGUUGUCUGUCACAGCUUCUGUAAUCUUGUCGAUAGUGGAAAGUGGAUUAUCCCCGAAGACCUUUUCUGGAGCGUCCAGGUCUGCUGCUUCUGCAGACUCAGGGAAGGAGACAGUUCUGGUAGAUGUGAAUGUAUAUCUGAUCAUUGCUAUCUGUUCGGUAUCCAGCCUGUUAGUGCUCAGCCUGCUGCUGUAUGUAUCGCUGUGGUGCGCAGCACCCCAAAGGGGUGAGUAUGGGAAUGGAAAACCUACGCUGGUGUGCUCUAGUGAGAUGGAGAGCUGGUCACAUUCCCAGCAGCGGCGACAGAAAGGUUUUUCUGGAGAAGGGGUGGCCAAGAACGAUCUUAUGGCUUUUAGCCCCAACUUUCCUCUUUGUCCUGGCUUUGUGAAUAAAGGGGAACAGAAGGAAGCAACUGCAAAUUCCUCUGACCAGGUUUUUGUUGAGCUUAAACAGUUGGAUUUUAGAUUUAGUUGGUAUUGUUAA